CUGCAUAUCCAUGGUCUGGGUAUAUGUUCAGUCCUUCUAUUCUAUUGGUAACAUGUGUUCUUUAUUUUUAGUGUGGCAACAGAGCUUCAAAAUUUUCAGUGUCAAAACAAAGAUUUAGGCUAAGGUACAGGACACCAAGACCAAGAUUAAAAACGAAAGGUGGAGUAUUUUUAAUCCAUAUCACUAGCUGCUCAAUAAGUUUACCUAUACAACAUGUUAUUGUUGAAUUCUUAUUAUUCAUUCAAAUAUAAAUAUAAAGCUUAUUUAAAGAUUUGAAAAAUACUAAUGCACUGUCAGGUCAUAUUGGGGGUGCAAACUUAGGCUUUUGUCAUUGUUCGUAGUUUGGAGAAUGCAAAACGAGAUGAGUGUAUCCCACGACAAAUUAGACAAGUUUGGAUUGUAGUUUGUUUUCUAGGGAUUAUGCCAUCAACAUGAUUCCUUUUUGUUAAGCAUUUUCCUUAGCUGCAUUUUUGUUAUGUUCAUGUAUCAUCAUCUGAUUACUCAUAAAUUGCAGAGGCUUUAUGAGGAUUUUCACAAAGAAGCACCUGCUGAUCUACUAGCCCAUCUAUGAAGUUUGGAUGCCUGUUCUAAUCAGUUUAGAACAUAUAUGCUGAAACAUGUACAUUUCGUUCCUCGCCCUCCUCCUCGCGUUCUGCUUCGCCGCCUGCGCGGCUGUCGAAAGGGCGCCCAAGAACAGGUACAUUUCGUACGCCGGCGUGCGCGAUGCCAGACUUGAGAACGGCGCCGGCCACGGCCGGAUCCCUCCGGGCUGUUCGGCUUACACCGGGAGGUGUCCCAGUAGCCGCCGGGCUCCAACGGAGGCCGGCAGCGCGACGGUGGCCACGGGGGGAUCGAAGGGCGAUCACAUGAGCCAUGCUGCUUUGCCGAGCGAUGAUAAGCAUCAGGCUCCGACAAAGGCUGGAGCCAAGAAGGGAGCCGCCGCAACCAAGGGUCAUUACAAAGUCAUGCUGCAAUGUCCGCGGAAUGCGAACUUCUUGGGUGUCCCCCUCGCCCGUAACUGACGAACUGGAGAGGUUAGUUCUCAAGCUGAAGAAUAAACAUAGCACAACCGUGCAAGCCGUGGAGAACUUGGCAGGCGUGAGAUGUAACGCCGUAUUGUAUUUGCUUAUUUGCUUAGUCUGGGAGCCAUACAGGUAUCCUCGAACAACUGCUCACAGGAGUUCUGAAUACCUGUAGUAAUGCCGUAUUGUAUCUGCCGAGCCUGUGAG